AUGAAAGUGACCGGAGGGGAGACUGAAAAUCCGGAACUGCAAAGCUCUCAGCAGCCUUUGCAAGCCACAAUUUCCUUGGAGUGGGAAGGAAGGACCAGCAGGGAUCCAUCCUGUGAUGCCAGAAAUGGUCCCGUGAAGGAAGAGGCCCCUGGAGACACACACACACACACACAUACCGAGUCCCUGGACCCCUUUGGAGUUGCUCUGCCGGAGAGAGGAAGGAUGGAGACCCCCCCUUUGGCCAAGGAGGGGAGCAGAAAAGGCCCCGCAGCUCUUCAGCCUGUGAGCUGUGGGGAGAGCUGGACCAGAACCGGGCAGAAGGUCCUGCAGGAGGGAACCAUCCUCCCUUCAGAAGUUCCGCCCUGGACCUGCUUCCAAUACUGGGAGGCUGAGGGUCCCCGAGGACUUUGCAGCCGACUCCAUGACUUGUGCAGGCGAUGGCUGAGCCCAGGAAAGCGCAGCAAAGUCCAGAUGCUGGACCUGGUGGUUCUGGAGCGGCUCUUGGCUUUCCUGCCCCCAGAGAUGCAGUGCUGGGUGCGGGAGUGUGGAGCAGAGAGCAGCUCCCAGGCAGUGGCCCUGGCGGAAGGCUUCCUCCUGAGCCAGGCGGAGGAGCAGAAGGAGCAGCUCCAGAGGCAGUGCUGCUCUGUGGAGAUCAGAGAUCCUGAGGGAAAGAAGAACCCAUCAAAUCCCCCUCAGGAGUUACUUUUCAGGAAGAUCCCUUGGGAAGAUCCAAGUCAGGAGAUCUCAGGAGAGAAACAAAGAAUGAAACUUUCUGGUUUUUAUGACGAAGAGCAAACAGCUGUUGAACCUCCAAAUCAAGAAGGUCUUGUGUCCUUUGAGGAGGUGGCUGUGUAUUUCUCUGAGGAGGAAUGGUCUCAGCUGGAUCCUGACCAGAAAGCGCUGCAUUCAGAAGUCAUGCUUGAAAACCAUAGGAACGUGGUCUCUCUGGGUAAGAAUUUUUUAGUCCCUAAUCAAAGAGUUCAAGAAAAAAGAUUAUAG